AGUGCAGUCGCACUUAUUAUUCAGUGAUCAACAGUGAGAUUCAUGGCGGCACUGGAAGCUGGGAAUUAUCUUAAAUUGAGCGGCGGCGGCGGCGGCGGCGGCCGGGGUAAGGAGAAAGAGAUCAAGGAGGUGCACGGCCGCACGGCACACAACAUGUCGUCGUCGUCGCUGCGGAAGAAGUCGGACCUGACGCUGCUGUCCAAGGUGCGCUGCGGGCUGCUCAGGGACCUGCUCGCCAACUUACAGGAGAUCUUCCUCGGCACCAAGCUCUUCGUCCUCUUCCUCGCCAUCCCCCUCGCCAUCGUCGCCAACUACUGCCAUUUCGGACGUGAAUGGAUGUUCGCUUUGAGCUUGCUUGGUCUCAUCCCACUUGCCGAGCGUGUCAGCUUCCUCACAGAGCAGAUUGCAUUUUAUACUGGUCCUACUGUGGGUGGACUGUUGAAUGCAACAUGUGGAAAUGUCACGGAGCUGAUCAUUGCAAUCUUUGCUUUGCAACAAGGGAAGAUUGAAGUCCUGAAAUAUUCCUUGCUUGGAUCAAUCCUGUCCAAUCUUUUACUUGUACUUGGGUCCUCUCUCUUCUCUGGUGGCUUGGCCAAUCUACACUCGGACCAACUGUUUGAUCGAAAGCAAGCUGAUGUGAACACUGCUCUUCUUCUCUUGGGUGCACUUUGCCACAUCCUGCAGUUGUUGUUCCGAUAUGCGCCCAAGUCAGGAGGGCACACCACAGCUCUUGCACUGGCUAUGUCGAGAGCUUGCAGCAUCAUCAUGCUCCUUGGCUACGUUGCUUACCUCUUCUUCCAGCUCAAGACCCACAGCCAAUUCUUUGAAACACAACAGGAGGAGGACGAUGACAAUGACGAUGCGGUAACUGAAGAUAAACCAGUGAUUGGAUUUGCAAGCGCAAUGACAUGGUUGGUGGGAAUGGCCAUUGCGAUCACCCUGCUGUCUGAGUUUGUUGUUGACACUAUUGAGGUUGCUUCAGAUUCAUGGGGUCUAUCUGUGAGCUUCAUUAGCAUCAUCUUGCUCCCAAUUGUUGGAAAUGCAGCAGAACAUGCUGGUGCCAUCAUUUUUGCUUUCAAGAACAAGCUGGAUAUUACCCUUGGUGUUUCCCUUGGUUCAGCAACUCAGAUAUCCAUGUUUGUGGUUCCUCUAACUAUUGUUGUGGCCUGGAUAAUGGGAAUCGAGAUGGAUCUUGAUCUUGAUCUGUUAGGAACUGGUUCAUUGCUCAUGGCAAUUCUAGUUGUAGCCUUCACUUUACAGGGCACUUUUACAGGAUGGAAGUUCACACUACUUGAAGGGACUUGCUCCACUGCUAUGCUACCUGGCAAUUGGUGCAUGCUUCUUUGUUUUAAAAUCACCAGCAAAUGAGUAAGAAGAGUACUCAAGAAAUGUUUCUGCAAAGAAGAGCUCAUCAUGGGAAAUUAAUGACUACUAUUUGCAUGAAGAAGUAUAAUGUUUCUGCAACUCUUCCUCCUUCAGGCUUUGCUUGGAGUGGCUCAUGUAUUUGCAUAAGUUGAUGUUUAUGGAAAAUUAAUUCUGUAGUUAAAUUGUUCGUUUGUUUUUGUAUUUUUUGAACUUCAUUGUGUUAAUAAUAAAAUUUCAACUAAGUAUAUAAGACUUAAUUAGUUUCCUUAA